AUGAAUUUCGACUAUCCUCACGAUCUCCAGGAUUACAUAUCAAAAGUCGACAAGUUUAUCACAUCUAUCAUUCUCCCUCUCCAGUAUAAGGACGACAACAACAGAUUCUUCGACCACAGACGCGAGCCUUCGCGGACACAAUGGGACAAAGGCGGUCUACCAAGUUCUGAGUGGGAACAACUACUCACGCAGGCUCGGAAGCUGGCUGAUGAAGCAGGAUUCUACCGCUUUCCUAUGCCAAAGGAGUAUGGCGGCCAAGAACAUCCAAACUCAAACCUGUGGAUGUGUGCUCUUCGCUAUCAUUUCGCGUCUCAUCCAGUCUACGGAGGAGGCGUCAGCUUGGCCAAUGACCUUCAGAACGAGCACAGCGUGGUUGGCAACUUCCCUGAUUUCCUCAUGCUUUACCACUGGGGAAAUCAGCAGCAAAAAGACGAGUACAUCACAGCCCGUCUCAAAGGCGAAUUCAGAAUGACCUUCGGCCUGACCGAGAUCCACCACGGCUCCGACGCAACACACAUGGACACAAAAGCAGAAGAAUGCACAUUCCCCGACGGCAGAAAAGGCUACACCAUCAACGGCAACAAGCGCUGGCAAACCGGCGCCCACCACGCCACACACAUGCUCGUCUUCGCACGCACCUCAGGCAAAAGCGGCUCACCCCACGGGAUCACAGCCUUCAUCGUCCCCGCCACGACCGAAGGCGUAAACAUCCAAUCAUACGAAUACACCCUGAACAUGCCCACCGACCACGCAACCAUCCUCUUCAAAGACGUCAAGGUCCCUGCCACCGCCGUCCUAGGACCAUACGACAACGGUCUCGCCAUCGCUCAGACAUUCACGCACGAAAACCGAAUUCGUCAAGCUAGUUCCUCCUGCGGUGCAGCAAAAUUCUGCAUCGACCGCAGCGUCGAAUACGCCCGUGAACGCAUCGUCUUCGGCAAACCACUCUCCUCAAACCAAGCAAUUCAAUGGCCUCUCGUCGAGCUCAGCACACAAGCCGAAAUGCUCCGCCUCCUCAUCCUGCGAACCGCCAACGAAAUGGACGACAUCCAACGCAAAUACUCUGCUCCAGGCGCCUCGAUGCCACCAUGGAUCGCGAUCGAAAAACAGCUCGGCCACAAAAUCACGACGCAAGCAGCAGAUAACGCAAUUCAAGUCCAUGGUGGGAAUGGAUACUCGAGACAUCAGCCGUUUGAGCAUAUCUGGAGGCAUUUCCGGAGGUAUAGGAUUACGGAGGGUAGUGAGGAGGUUCAGAUGAGGAAGGUUGCUGCGUAUUUAUUUGGGUAUAAGAAUACGGGGUUGGAUGAGAAGAAGGGGAAUGUGAGUGAUGAGAUUGGGAGUGGUGAGAAUGUGGGUGGUCAGAGCAAGUUGUGA